GCGGCGCGAAGCAGCUGUCAUGGCGGAAGCGGUCUGGAGCACUGACACGGGCGAGGCUGUGUAUCGCUCCCGGGACCCCGUGCGCAACCUGCGCCUCCGAGUUCAUCUGCAAAGAAUCACAUCAAGCAACUUCCUUCAUUACCAGCCUGCUGCCCAGAUGGGAAAGGACCUCAUAGACUUGGCCACUUUUAGGCCUCCUCAAACGGCUAGUGGGCACCGCCCUGAUGAAGAAGAGGAGGAAGAGGUCGUGAUUGGGUGGCAGGAGAAGCUCUUUAGCCAGUUUGAAGUUGACCUGUACCAGAACGAAUCCGCGUGUCAGAGUCCAUUGGACCAUCAGUACCGCCAAGAGGUCCUGAAGCUGGAGAAUUCCGGCGGCAGGAAAAACCGGCGAAUCUUCACCUACACCGACUCAGACAGAUACACCGACUUGGAAGAGUACUGUCAGAAAAUAACUACUGCAGCCAGCGAGGUGCCAUCAUUUUUGGUUGAGCGGAUGGCCAAUGUCAGGCGGCGCCGCCAGGACAGACGAGGGAUGGAGGGCAGCAAACUCAGGUCUCGUAUCAUCACGUGGGAGCCCUCAGAAGACUUCAUCAGGAACAGCCACGCUAUUAACACUCCUCUUCAGACAAUGUACAUCAUGGCAGACCUGGGACCCUAUGGGAAGCUCGGCUACAAGACAUAUGAGCAUGUCCUCUGCGUUCUGAAGGUGGACAGCAAUGGCGCGAUCACCGUAAAGCCUGACUUCACUGGCCUCAAAGGGCCCUACAGAAUCGAGACCGAGGGAGAGAAGCAGGAACACACUUCUGCUUGGAAAUACACAAUUGACAACGUGUCCUCCCUUGCACAACCGGAGGAGGAAGAGCGGGAACAGCGCGUGUUCAAGGAUCUUUAUGGCCGCCACAAGGAGUACCUCAGCAGCCUCGUGGGCACAGACUUUGAGAUGACCGACCCAGGCGUCCUCCGGCUCUUUGUAAAUGGAGAGGUAGUUUCAGCUCAAGGCUUCGAGUACGACAACCUCUACAUCCACUUCUUUGUGGAGCUGCCACCGACUAACUGGUCAAGCCCGUCAUUCCUGCAACUCUCAGGAGUAACCCAGACCUGUGCCACCAAAUCCCUGGGAAUGGACAAGGUGGCCUAUUUCUCCUAUCCGUUCACAUUCGAAGCCUUCUUUCUCCAUGAGGAUGAAUCGGCCGACGCCCUCCCAGAGUGGCCCGUGCUCUACUGUAAGGUCCUCUCACUGGACUUCUGGCAGAGGUAUCGUGUGGAAGGCUACGGGGCUGUGGUGCUGCCUGCCACCCCAGGAUCACACACUCUGACCAUCUCCACGUGGAGGCCCAUGGAGCUGGGCCUUGUGGCAGAACUAAGGAGGUUCUUCAUUGGUGGUUCCCUGGAGCUGGAGGACUCCUCCUACGUGAGGAUACCAGGAACCUUCAAGGGGGAGCGCCUGAGCCGCUUUGGCUUCCACACUGAGACCACAGGCACAGUCACCUUCCGCUUCCACUGCCUCCAGCAGUCCAGGGCGUUCAUGGAGUCAAGCUCCCUCCGGAAGCAGAUGCGGAGUGUGCUGGACCACCUGGAAGGGUUCAGCCAGCAGAGUUCCACGCACAGUGUGCUAGAGGCCUUCCGUCGAGCCCGGCGCCGCAUGCAGGAGGCCCGGGAGAGCCUCCCCCAGGACCUUGUGAGCCCCUCAGGAACGCUGGCCUAGCCCUCUGCAUCCCUGGCCUGUGAGGCAAGAGGACAAGGUGAAAGAUGCCUGCACCCAGCGCUCUCUCGCCUCGCCUUGCUUAUUAGAGACCACAUUGGUCUACCAAACUGGACCGUCUAGAAAUUUCCAGCUGGCUCCUCUGCGAAGCCUUCGGCAGGACCGUCUUUCUUCCAUGUGGAAGGAAAGCCAGAGGCUCUGAGACCCCGUGUGACCCCCUCUUCAUGUUUUGGCUAUCAAACAUGGGCAUCAUAACAAGGCUCUGUAGUCUGAAACUCGUUUGGGGUGAAGCCAGCCUUAGCCUGUCCUCCACAGUGUCUUUUCUGGUUUGUCAUGGAGGCUCAGCGGCAGAGAGCUGUAGAAAACUACAAAAUGGAGUUUGGCAUCCAGGAGUAGUGGCGUACACCUUUAAUCCCAAUACUCAAGAGGCAGAGGCAGAUCUCUAUGAGCUCGAGGCCAGCCUUGUCUACAUAGUGAGUUCUGGGACAACCAGAGCUACGUAGGGAGACCCUAUCUCAAAAAACAAAAGCAAAACAACAACAAAGGAGUUUGUCAUCUUCCAAGGAGGAAACUACAUGAGAGAGCUCAGUCUCUCCCUUCUUCCUAGAGAAGGGGAGGGUAAGAGGCCUCAACUUCCUGGGAAGUCUCUGUCCCCCUACAGUAGGGCUGGCUGAGUUUAGAACAUGGCCUGAGGUAGUUCCCAGCCCUUCCUGCUAGCUGGGUGGGGUCUUGUAUUCAUUUCUUUGUUUCUCAUAUAAAAAGUAUUUGUAUUGACUGA